AUCUGUUCUAUAGGCUCGUACUUCCGUAUCCUUGAGUUCUAAGGAGACAGGAACCACAGUCUGGUUGAUGAAACAGGACCGCACGAUCAGAGCGUGAUUAAUGGCCACAGGCCUAUGUUGUAGGCCCUGUGGCUGUAGAUGAUCGUUCUCAGCUUGGCCUUGGCCUGCUGUGAUGAUCGUGCGGUUGUCUGACAGACUCCAAAAUCUUUUUGUUUCUUUUUAGACUCAGCUGAAGAAGGCUUGACGGCCAUACACUGUUAAGUGACUUAGAUUUCUCAGAAGAACUACAAAAAAGAUGGUUCAGUGUGUUUCGUUAUUUCCUACUACUUCUUCCAUCACAUCUCCAUCUCUUCUUCACAAUUCACGAAACCUUUCUUGUUGCAAUUUCUCUUCUAUAAUUAAAACCAAAGAAUCGUCGAGAAAACGGGGUUUUAAAACGCUAGUUACAUUUUUAUCUGCUUCAUCAUCACAAAAUUCAACAACGGUACAAAAAGAUGAAGACGAGAAAGGGUCAAUAGCUCCUGCUUCAGAUAUUGUGAGGAAAUUCUAUGAUGGAAUUAAUAGACAUGAUUUAGCUUCGGUUGAAGGUCUUAUUGCUGAAAACUGUGUUUAUGAGGAUCUUAUCUUUCCUCAACCCUUCGUCGGACGCAAGGCCAUUCUGGACUUCUUCAAGAAGUUCACCGACUCUAUCAGCAAAGAUCUGCAGUUUGUUAUUGACGACAUAUCUAAUGAAGAUUCUCUAGCUGUUGGAGUUACAUGGCACUUAGCAUGGCAGGGAAAGCCUUUCCCAUUUAGCAAGGGGUGCAGCUUUUACCGGUUGGAGGUAGUAAAUGGGAAGAAGCAGAUAAUUUACGGGAGAGACAGUGUCGAACCAUUUAUCAAGCCUGGGGAGUCUGCUCUGGUAGCUAUCAAAGGUGUGACAUGGUUAUUCCAGCGUUUUCCACAGCUUGCAGACAAGUUAUGAAUUCAGCAAUUAUUUUAGGAAACCAUAAUCUCAAUCUGUAGUUAGAUAAAUACUGUAAUGUAUUGGUGCAUAUGAAGGAAAAGGAAAGAAUCAAAUUGUACAUUUCAGACUUUUCAGGAACUGUCAGCUUUAUCUCUGUUCGAGCAAGCUGACUCUUGGAAAGAAAGCGCGUGUGUGACGUGUUAGAAUCAUGUUUCGACCUUAAGGGACUCGAUAUGUAGUCCUAACCUUAUUUGAAUAUGGCAUCGAGUUAGGACUCGAUGAACUACCAAGAGCAGCCAUGAAUAAAUUGUUUGUCAAAACCCAAAUGAGAAUACAUGUUCGGACAUUUUUUGUUGUUGAUAUAAUUACCUUCGAUUCUGCAA